AUGACGCGACCUAGGGAAAACGAAUGCUACCCGCUCGAAGUUCUAGCGGCGGGGGGAGAUGGUCUUGUCGUAGGAUCCCAUGGUGGAGAUCUUUACAUAUCCGGCCAGAGAUAUGACCUCAAGCGGGUUUGCGGUGCCGCCGUGGCUUGUGCGAAACAGUCCCUUAUCGUUGUUUUGACCCUGCAAAAAGAAGCCGUUGUUCUCUCAAGAGAUGUGAGCACUGACGUGUGGAAGGAGGUCGCAAGGCAUUUGAUGCCGAAGCGCCCGACUUCUGCUGUCUUUGCAAUUGCGAGGCAGCAAGUCGUCGUCGCUGAUGCGUUUGGAGACGUCUACGCGCUCCCCAUUGCUUCUUCUCUAAACCUCCGGGAUGAUCAAACGCAAGCUGAAGUCCUUAUUCUCGGACAUUUCUCUACUGUUACGUCCCUUGCGCUCAAAGACUCACUCAUUGCGUCAGCUGACAGAGAUGCAAAGCUGCGCAUUUCGCGGUUUCCGGAUUCCUUCGUCAUAGAAUCCUUUUGUGUCGCUCAUCAGGACUUCAUCACAUGUGUGCAAUGGAUUGGAACCAAAAGGAUAAUCUCGGGGGCUGGCGACGGCACCUUACGAUGUUGGAAUGCAGCCGACGGCAGUUUGCUAAAUACUGUUGAUAUUCGUGAUCAUAUUCCCCGCCACUCAAACGAAGAAAACACGAGGGAGGAAAAAUGGGAUCUCAUCGAACUUCUUCAAACUUCGCGUUGUUACCGCGACGAAGGAAGGUGAUUGGAUUACUGGCGUUGCCGCGGAUGAUCGCGAUCAUCUGUGGCUGUCGUUAGCUUCGAGUUGCCAUUCUAUUCAGGCCUAUUCCACCAAAGAGUUAGGUACUCCAAAUAUAGCCUUUCGGAGGCACAAAUUGACGACGAUGCAGUGUACGUGCUCAGAUAGUUCCAAGAAGUCUCCCAACGGGAAAAACGACGAUACGGUUUUCCCGAUGCGCUUCGAAUGGUUAAACCAGCAGCGUAAACGGGAAAUGGUGGAGGACUGGAAGGGCAAGAAGAGGAAACAUAUCGAGAUUUAGAAACAAUAAUGCCCUGCAGAAAGUUGCUGAUAUCAAGAGUUUAUCGAGAAAUUCCUUUGUAAUAUGCGUAGGACGUACCCCGAAGUUAUUAGACUAACGAUUUUAUGUUUGCUGUCAUAACUCGAACCGCUAGUGCGCUACACCUGUGUAAUGGAGAGGGAGGAAGCAUCUACCGGAAGCGCGAAGAUUAAAAGUGUGUCAAGCAAGGACAGUCACCUCGCUGGUAGUUGGUGACUGCAA